ACACGAGAUUAUUUUUUUGUAUUAAGGCACCAAAAUUAUGCAUGUGAAGCGAUAUAAUUGCGAUUCUCACAAUCCAACCAUUUCAAAAUUAGCUUCCUCCUCUACGGUCCUCAUAUAUUUCCCUUUGCAUAGUUUUCAAAGAUGUGGUGGUAGUAAGGUUUUGUUUUUGUUUGGGGACUUUGGAAUAUUUUGGGGGGUUUGUGCACAAUAAUAUUCAAAUCAUGCACCUAUUAAUUAAACCAUUCAUCAUUAAUCUUUACUGUACACCAGGGGCAGUGAGUAAUAUUUAUUUGUCAUUUCACCCUUAUAAAAAAAAAUGUUUAUUUGUCAUUUUUUUAACUUUCUUCUCAGUGGAAAUUUCAUUAUUAGUUAAUUAUUGGAUUAGAAAAUGAAUGGAGAAAUGUGGCAUGCGAUGAGGUGAAUGGAUCAAGGUCGUGAUGGAGGUGGGCCGAAGCCAUAGCAGAGAUUUGCAUAGGACGGUGUGUUGGAGCCCAAAGCCCAACUUUGUUUUUUGUUUUACCAAACCAAGCUAAAACUAGUCAUUGGUUGCUGGGAUGUGAAGCCUUGGGAAUCGAUGAUGUUUGGUUGGAGCAUGGGAUUCCUCGUUCAUCAUUCGAUUUGUAAUUCUUAUUGAACUAAUAAUUUGGGCCAAUCAUGUACAGAAAGUAGAAAUCUUUGUGAAAUUACACUAAAAAUUCCAAAUGCUUUCGUUGAAGUAUAUGAUUGUUUAGGUUGAGCGCACAAUUCGAAGAAGAAAUUUAACCGAUCGAUAAGAGAGUGUGGUAUAAGAUUUACCAUUAACAUUCUUUCAACAUUUCGAGUUAUUGGGACUAAUUGUUGCGAAAGGAUCAUAUAUGAAUCUUAACUGCUUCUUUAUACAACGGCUCAAACGAAAUCAGUUCCUGAGGUUGAAGUUUGUACAUACUCGCUAUACCAUGUGUUGCUAAAACGAAAUGACUUUCUUUUCUUGUCUCGUUGCCUUGUUAACUUUUUAUUCUCCCCGUAGUAUUGUUCCUUUCAGCAGCAGCAGAUACCCCUAAAAUUUGGGAAAACGAUUAUCCAACCUCCGGUAGUAGUUUCGUAUGAGUAUACAAAAUAUAAUUGGUAAUCCGGGACACCCUAACAUUUGAAAAAAUGAUUAUCAUACCCUUGAUAAUAGUUUGCUUAUAAUUAACAAAAUAUAAGUGGGAGUCCGCGUUAUUCCAACCUAGGACACUACUAUUAUCAAACAUAUUCUAAUUAUGUUGCUACUCAUUUGUUAUUCUAUUUUAAACAUCAUGCAACAGUAAAACGCUAUUUCUUUAUCUCCAACUAUUUUCAAUACCUAAUAAUUAAACUACGUACACGCUACCCUUAAUUUUGAAUUGAUUUUAUGGUUACACGGCAAGUGUUGAAAGAGUCUUUUCUACUUUGAGCUACAUUAAGAACAAGGUUAGAAAUUGAAUAUGUGAUAAGUUCGUGAAGUAUUGUCUAGUAGGAUAUGUAGAUUUUUUUUGAACAGUGCAGACACGGAAUUUAUUUAUAUUAUUUUUUCAAAAUAUGAAAAUACAUCAUGAAUUUUAAUAAAAUUUUUAUACAAGUAUGAUUUUUUUAAUAUACGAAUUAUUUAAUUAAAUUUAAUUUUUUAAGAGGGCAUCCCUAUGAAAAUUUACUGAAUCCGCCACUGAGCAGGGCAUGCAUCUAUCUAUCCCAAUUCUCGUGCAAGGAGAUCUCUGCUCUGCCGGGGAAAAUCCAUGGAUUUGCUUUUUUCCUUCUUUUCCCUGCAGCGCACUGGAGAAGAUAAAGGCAGCUAACUAAGCACAUGAUUAAUUAAGCUUUUGAUGCCCACCUUUGCAUGCAAACGAAUCUUUCCUUUUAAGUGCAUGGGAUUCUAAUAAUUCUGCUCGAGAUCUCUGCCCGGCCGAUGGGUAUUAUUUUGAUAGAAUACAAAACGCAAACAGAAUAUUUGAGAUUAACGUAUCACACAUUCACACCAUAUGAAUCAUACAGAAAUGACUCGUCACAGAGAAUCACUAAAUUGAAAAAUUGUUUUGCUGUGAACAUGAAUGAAGAUGAAACGCUCAAGGCUAACUUAUGUGCUUGUAACGUACAAGGUACAACCUGAAACCUAGUUUUUUUGAUAGCAUUAGAAUAGAGCUUAAGGAUCAUUCCCAUUUUUUGUUUCUACCCUAAAUUCAAUAUCUAUGUAGUACUCAAAUAAUUUUUGAUUGUUGACCCAAAACUUGGUAUGAGCAGUGCCAUAUAUCACACUAAAUUAAUCAUUGUGAAACCGUACAGGAAAUCAUACAAGAAAAGUUAGUAAUAAAAUAUUUUAAAUCAAAAUCGUAAUCCAACUAUUUCAUACCGCUAAACUCCCUGCUAUUUGGAAUUUAAUAUCCGGUAUUUAUAGUCCGAUCGACCGAUUUGAUAGAAUUGCACUAAACUAUUGAGUGUUGACAAAAUGAGGGGAGGUUUGAUUUCGAGUUCCCCCUUUCUGCACUAGUGGGGGCAUGGACUGUACUUGUUGGGCUUUGGUUAAAUGAAUCAAUUCAUUCAUGGAUUCUUUACAAAGCAAGAUUCACACAGUCCAAGGGUUUGAAGAUGGGCCCAGCCAAUUAGAAUGAGCGCCCAGUAUGACAAGUAACCAGGCCCAAUUCCCGUGCGGCUGUCUAACAAAUCUGAAUCCACAGGCGUAGGCCCGUCAGUUGAAAGAAUAUAUAGGCAUGUAAACCCUAACCCAUUAUAAUCACGAAGCUAGGGUUUGCAUCUUUGCAGUGCGUGUAGGCAUCGGCUGCUGAGCAGAAGGAGCGAAGAGACCGCCGCACAACCUUUCGUCGCCGUCACCAUGGGUCGUAUGCACAGUCGAGGUAAGGGUAUUUCCGCUUCUGCUCUGCCCUACAAAAGAACCCCGCCGAGUUGGCUCAAGAUCUCUUCUCAAGAUGUCGAAGAGAACAUCUGCAAGUUUGCAAAGAAGGGUCUGACUCCAUCCCAGAUUGGUGUCAUUCUUCGUGACUCUCAUGGUAUUGCUCAGGUCAGGAGUGUGACUGGCAGCAAGAUCCUCCGUAUUCUCAAGGCAAAUGGGCUGGCCCCUGAAAUUCCUGAGGAUCUGUACCACCUCAUCAAGAAGGCUGUUGCCAUCAGGAAGCAUUUGGAAAGGAACAGGAAGGACAAGGACUCCAAGUUCCGCCUGAUUCUUGUUGAGAGCAGAAUUCACAGGCUUGCCCGCUACUACAAGAAGACAAAGAAGCUCCCCCCAGUCUGGAAGUACGAGUCGACCACUGCCAGCACUCUCGUGGCCUAGGCAACCCAUCUUUGCUCUCAAAGUUUUUGCUGAAGUGGUGCUUUCUAGUCAAGUGUUCUUCUAUCAGUGGAAGAGUAGUCUUGAGAGCCAUGAACUCCUUUUUUGGGUUUUGAUGUUAGAGUGGAUUUAGUUUGUCUUUUCGGUUGAAUGUAUCUUGUGGCUCCGAAGUUUUAGAGAACAUACUAUUAUCCAAAUCGCUUCUACUUUUAAUCACAUUGAGUUGUAGAACCAAUUGAAGUCUGCGCUUCUAGUUAAGUUGUUUGUAUGCUGUCCCAUUCUGUGCCAUUCUUUCCAAUCCUUCUGCCUGCGUCAUCCUCAUGGUAGAUGGUUCAUAUUCUUGUUGAUGGUUUAGUACAUUGGUUCAUGGUUAAUAUUUCGAGAGGAUCAAGUAAUGUUAUUAGUCAAAUGCUGAAUGGAGAAUUUGUUGAAGUUCAUUCGUUAAUCGAUCCACUCGUUCAAAUGCUUCUCUAACUAGUAACUAAUUUGAGUGUCCAAUGCACUUCUCUUCCUAUGAUUGAUAAAACUUCUAAUUUCCAGCGGCAAUGGCACUGUGGUGGACUACACAUUUAGGAAGUGAAGGUAUCAACUCUCUCCUUUCCUGAUGAGGAUAUUCGUGAGGAUGUUUCAAUUACUCACAUUAUCUUCAGUUUCGGCUUACUUCUUUAGUUUGUCGCGAAUCGAUAUACCUUGUUGGCAAAGUACUUGAUAAGAUUGGUUGCGUUGUUUAAGGUCGAUGGAGCUGACUAGUUUUUGGUAUUCUCGAAUACGUAACUAAUUAUCUUUACAAGUAAUAAUCAAAUAAAUAAAUAAAUAAAUAGUGGUUAUAACG